AUGGCGGCCAUCUCCACUGUCGCCUUCCUCGGCGCCAGGUGCGCGACUCCCAAGUCGCCGCCGCCCAAGCCGGCGACGAGGCCUCCCCCGCAGGCCCUCUCCAUCAGGGACCUCUCCAAGAGCCUGCUCACUCUUCGCAUCCCCGCCGAGCGGCUCUCGGCGCCUGCGGCCCUCGCCGGCGCCGUCUUCGCCACCCUGGGAACAGCCGACGCGGCCCUCGCGGCUCAGCAGAUCGCUGACAUCGCCGAAGGCGACAAUCGCGGGCUGGCUCUUCUCCUUCCCCUCAUCCCCGCCAUCCUUUGGGUCCUCUACAACAUCCUCCAACCGGCCCUAAACCAGAUCAACAGGAUGACGAGCGAGAAGGGGCUCGUCGUGGGCGUGGGGCUCGGCGGCGGAAUGGCGGCCGCGGGGUUCCUCUCCACGCCCUCCGCCGCGGCGCUGCAGCAGAUCGCCGACGUUGCGGAGGCCGCCGCCGGCGGGGACAACCGGGGCCUCGCCCUCCUCUUGCCCCUCGUCCCCGCCAUCCUGUGGGUGCUCUAUAACAUCCUCCAGCCGGCGCUGAACCAGAUCAACCGGAUGAGGUCCGGUUGA